AUGGACAGGGCCAAGCAGCAGCGGGCGCUGCUCCUCCUCCCCAUCUGCCUCGCCCUCAUCUUCUCCCUCACUGCUGUGGUCAGCAGCCACUGGUGUGAGGGGACCCGGCGGGUGGUGAAGCCGCUGUGCCGGGACCAGCCGGGAGCGCAGCACUGCAUUCACUUCAAACGGGACAACAACAGCAACGGCAGGAUGGACAACGACAGCCAGGCUGUCCUGUACAUUUGGGAGCUGGGUGAUGACAAGUUCAUUCAGCGUGGGUUCCAUGUGGGGCUCUGGCAGUCCUGUGAGGAGAGCCUCAACGGUGAAGAUGAAAAGUGUAGGAGUUUCCAGAGUGUAGUGCCAGCUGAAGAACAAGGUGUUUUGUGGCUGUCCAUCGGGGGCGAGGUCCUGGAUAUCAUUCUGAUACUGACAAGCGCCAUCCUCCUGGGCUCCAGAGUGAGUUGUCGCACUGGGUUCGACUGGCUCAGGGUGGAUGCCUUGGUAGCCAUCUUCAUGGUGCUGGCAGGGCUCCUAGGCAUGGUGGCCCACAUGAUGUACACAACCAUUUUUCAAAUCACUGUGAACCUUGGACCAGAAGAUUGGAAGCCUCAGACCUGGGACUAUGGCUGGUCAUAUUGCCUCGCCUGGGGUUCUUUCGCCCUCUGCCUGGCUGUGUCGGUCACGGCCAUGAGCAGGUUCACGGCAGCCGGCCUGGAAUUCACCGAGAAGCAGAGGGCACAGAACAGCAGUCGGCACUCUCAACACAGCUUCCCGGAACCCGAGGCUUCAGAGAGCGUUUGGAAGACAGGAGCUGCUCCUCACCCUGCUGAACAAGCCUUCAGGAAUGUUUCUGGGCACCUCCCACCAGGAGCCCCAGGCAAGGUGUCCAUAUGCUAG